AGCUGUUAGAUAAAGUAAAUCUGUCACUCCUUGUGUUGAGUAUAAUAAAUUAUGGCUUCAAUUCAGAAAUUUGGAUCGCUAUUAUGCAGGAAUAUUCGAUUCCCCAACAAUAUACAAUCUGUGUCUGCUACCAACGCCAUUCGACGCUCUAGCUACCUAUCUUCACAAGAAGUAGGUCUCCGCGAGCAGUACCCUGAAAUAGAAAUUGUACAUAAUGCACCCGAAUGGAAAUAUGUUGAGCGGUUGCUGCCACCAAAGACAGUUCCAAAACCUAUUGCAAAAUCCGAGUACCCCUCCGGCUGGAAGCCACAAACCGCUGCUACACUGCCAGAUCUAAAGUAUUUUGUGGCUCGUACUAAAAACCACAUGGUACCGGUAUAUCUGCAGACAACCUUCCGUGGUCAGCGACGGAUUACAGUGGUAAGACGCAUUCAGGGUGACAUAUGGGAAUUGGAAAAGGAGCUACGUAUUGUAGUGGAGAAAGCGCGUAAUGGGAAAUUGUGUGCCAGUCGAGUAAAUGAAAUGAGUGGACAAAUACACUUUCAUGGCGAUUAUGUUGACGUCAUCCGGGAACACCUCAAAGAGAAAGGAUUCUAAACUAUUUUGGUGCCUGGCGUUGCACAUUAAAUAAAACAUUGUGUUUCUAUAGAAGCGCAGUUGCACAUGCC